CUUAGUUGUGCCCAGCAGUUUAUCCACGUAGAUGAGAAGCACAUUCAAGAUGCUCUCCACUGGCUGGAAAGUGUACAGUCGCCCAAUGGAUGUUUUCAGAAUUCUGACUCCUAUUUCUACAACGACAUAUUUAAUGACGAUAUCACACGGACUGCUUUUAUUCUCAUCUCUCUAAUGGAACAUCGGAUUGUUUAUGAUGGAAGUCUUGUGGAGAAUGCCAAAGCCUAUCUAAGGAAAGAAGCAGAAAAUGCAAAAACACCACAUGUGCUGGCUGUCUUGGCAUAUGCCUUCACCUUGCUAGGAGACAAUGAGCUGAGAGCACUCAUGCUAAAAACGUCUGAAUGACCAUGUUAAGAUGGAGGGUGGAACCAAGCACUUGCCAGGUAGUAGCUAUCGUCAUGAAGAUAUCGAAGUACACUCAUACACCAUCUUGGCUCUGCUUUCUGACAAUAUAAUCACCCACAAAGACCUUGAAGAAAGUGCUUAUUCUGUCCACUGGCUUGCAUCAAAACAAAACCCAUGGGGUGGCUUCUCCUCUUCUCAGGAUACUACAGUAGCUCUUCAUGCUCUCGCUAAAUAUGCCAAGGCCAC